CGGAAAUCCUCCACUCUUUAUUUUAUUUUUAUUUUUUAUUUUUUACUUGGCUCUCACGCGGCUUCUGGGCGUGCUUGCCGGCCACUUUGUCCCAUUUUCCCCCUUGGCACGCACCAUUCGCCUCCUCUGUUUCUCUACGCUGCGCAAUCCUCCCCGGGAAGUUGACCUCAGAGCGUAAUUUCCCCCCGCCUUCCCCUUUCACAAUUUUUCAAUCGCGCUUUCGUGGUCACACGCUUCUUCCCCCCUCCGUUCGCAGAAGCAAAUAGCACAAGCCUUCAAGGUCGCCAACCAUGAACUACCUCGGCAAGGCCUUCUCUGGGUUGAAGGACUUUUACAACGACCUCAAUCCGUCCACACUGUCGGGCGCGCUCGACAUUAUCGUUGUGCACCACGAGGACGGCUCGCUGACCUGCUCGCCAUUCCACGUCCGCUUUGGCAAGCUGCAAAUCCUCCGAAGCAAGGAGAAGCUGGUCCAGAUCGAAGUCAAUGGCGAGAAGGUUGAUCUCAUCAUGAAGCUGGGCGAUGCUGGCGAGGCCUUCUUUGUGGUCGAAGGCGAUCGGCUCCAAGACAUUCCGUCCCACCUCCUCACUUCGCCCAUUCCAACCGCUGCCCAGGCAGACGACACGGAAAUUGAGCCGCUGAUGCUUGAUGCCGACCCAUUGGCCACCUCAGGCAUGUCCUCCGACGCGACUUCGCUCGCUGUUCACCCGACCUCCUCGACAACGACGACGACGACGACGGCCCCAAUCGCCAUCCCUGAACGCCAGCACCCGGCAAACGAACACAGCUUGCACUUUGACCUCGCCGAGCCGUUGCCUCACGACUCGUCAGCACCACCAGCCAUUUUGAGCACAUCGCUGCCUUCGGAAUCUGGCUACAUGCUCCACGAGCCUGCGCUGGAUUUCGGCUCGGCCGGACCGGCCAGCGACUCGGAGAUGGACGACUCGUCCGACCCCACCAAGUCGCAGCAAAAGAAGGCCGGUCGCACUUGGAGCUGGGGCUGGGGCGAUUUGCCACAGCGAAGCCUCUCGCGCUUGUUUGGUCGACGCAACCAGCCGCCCGUCUCUCCUGACGCGGACAAGGUUGUUUCGGACAUGGAGCAAGGCGGCAUUCGUCUGGCCGAUUUGGUGGAUGACGACAAUGCCACCCCGCCCAUCUCGCACUCGCCGAGCGAGCAGCAAACGAUUGUCCAGCACAUGCUCAACCAGCAGCGCCUGCAGCAACAACGAGCACAACUCCAACAGCACUCUCGCGAAGGGUCGCCCCGGUCCUCUGGAGCGAGCACUCCCAUCGAUCUCUCGCGGUCGCUGGACAGCUCCAAGGGACUGAGCGUGGUGACGUCGACAUCUUCGCUUUCGCGCAGCGCCAGCCAGGUCACUGCACCCGAGUUCCCCAGCAUUGUGCUUGCGGCUUCGCUGGCCGACUUGGCGCACCCGUCCAGCAUCAAUCUGCCGGUUUCCCCAGUCUCUGCGGCCGACGACGACGACGAUUUUAUUCAAAUGUCGCUCUGCGGCGCCAACCCGGACUUUGUCGCCGCGCUCAAGGCCCACAACCAGGCGUCCGAGGGACGGACCUCGCAGCAGUUUGCACAACUGCCCUCGUAUGUGCCCUUGCUCCAGCUCUUCCGCAAAGAUCUCGUCACGUUUGAAGCGUUCGCAGCCAACCCUCUCGAAGUCUUGCGCGACGAGCGAGCCGUCUUCCGCAUCAAUGGCGGGUUUUACAAUUUCGUCACAGCCGCGCCCAUGAUUCUGUCGGUUGCAUUGUAUCAGCAGCCGCUGCCUCUGGGCAUUGUGCACGAGUUGCAACGCGUCAGCUUGAGUGACUCUCUGACUGCACCAGCGUCGGUCACUCACGCCCAACCCACUGCGCCACCGUCGUCAGCUCCUUCGAAACUCGCGCCAAACCCUUCGACGUCAUCGUCGUCGUCAGCACCCAGCUCGACGCCCGGAUCAGCGCCAGCGUCCGCGACUGUGUCCAGGCAAUCCUCGCGCCGAGGCUGGCUUCGCAAUUUCUGGUCUGGUGACGAAGCCCUGAAUGUCGACUCGCCGCCAUCCCAGGCCACCAACCGCCUCUCAGACAGCGAUUUGUUCCCAGCCACCGCAUCGACUCUGGGAGCCAUUCCGGUAGAGCCAUCGAUUGUUCACACGCCGCCCCCCGGCGCAUCCGUUCGGCAGCCCCCAGCCAACCCCAACAUUGACCACGUCGAAGAGCUCAAAAACCUCGUGAACGGCGAGCCCGCCGCCAAGAUCCAGGCUGAGCGCUACCAGAAGAGCUUGCGCCUCUCGUCCGAACAGCUCGCCAAGCUCAACCUGCGCCCUGGCGCCAACACAAUCAAGUUUAGCGUGACCACCAAGCUGCAGGGCACUGCGACCUGCACAUCGUCCAUUUUCCUCUGGCGAUACGACUGCAAGAUUGUCAUUUCGGAUGUGGAUGGCACCAUUACCAAGAGCGACGUCAUGGGCCACAUUCUGCCUGCUCUGGGCCGUGACUGGACGCAUUCUGGCGUUGCGUCCCUCUACUCGGCGCUCAAGAGCAACGGCUACGAGAUUCUGUAUCUCUCGUCUCGCGCCAUUGGCCAGGCCAACAUUACGCGUGGCUUUUUGCAGGGCGUCAAGCAAGGCCAGCUGACGCUUCCGCACGGCCCGGUGCUUUUGAGUCCCGACCGUUUGUUGACCUCGUUCCACCGCGAAGUCAUCAAGCGCAAGCCCGAGGAGUUUAAGAUUGCCUGUCUGAAGGACAUUCGCUCGCUGUUUGGGCUCCAGGACGAGCCCUUCUAUGCCGGCUUUGGCAACCGCCACACUGACUCGUUGUCGUACCGGGCCGUCGGUGUGCCCGAAGGCCGCAUCUUUACCAUCAACCCGGCCGGAGAGCUCCGCCUUGACUUGAUGUCGUCCUUCCUCUCCUCCUACACCAAGCUCUCCGACCUUGUUGACCACAUGUUCCCCCCGAUCAACGGCAAGGCAGCCUACGCCAAGGUCGACGUGGUGGAUCGCUUCAACAAUUUCAACUACUGGCGCCCACCGCUGCCAGUUCUCGAUAUCGCCAACGACCCCAUGCUCUCGCCAAAGAUCCCAAGCUCUCCGAAAGGCGUCUCCUCGCCCAAGCUUGCGCCGCUCUCUACGCCAGCAUCGGCUCCAGCAGCAGUUUUCACCGACAAGCAUUGAGUUACGCGCCGCCGUCGUGCGUUUCUAUGAUUCGUUCUGAAAAAGGCUUGUUGAUAUUAAGAUUGUUUGCUUCUUUGUCCUUCUCUCUCUUUCCCCCCCCCUCCCCCGAUCGUUUUUGUUUGUUAAUUCUCUUCCUGGCGUCGUUGUUUGUCUUUGUUUUUGUUUUUGUUUUUGUUUCAUAAUGCAAUCUGAGCUCAAUGUUGUUUACCGA